CCUCUGCUUCGCAGCGGAGCGCGGUGCCCACCAUGCGGGGUUGCCCGCGACUCGCUCUGCUCUGCGCGCUGCCCUGGCUCCUGCGGGCGGCGGCGCCCGGGCACCCAGUGCAAUAUUCCCAGCUACGCGGCGACCCCCUAGAACCAGCCCGAGGCGCCGAUUUCGACCGCGUCUACAGCGGGAUAGUGAGCAUCAGCACCGAGAACAUCUACUCCUUCAACUACACCAGCUGGCCUGGCCAGGUGAAUGCCGUGCGAGUGUAUGUGAACAGUUCCUCAGAGAACCUCGACUACCCAGUCCUGGUUGUUGUUCGCCAGCAGAAAGCGGUGCUCUCCUGGCAGGUUCCUCUGCUCUUCCAGGGACUGUAUCAAAGGAGCUACAACUACCAGGAAGUGAGCCGCACCUUAUGUCCUUCAGAAGCAACCAAUGACACAGGACCUCUGCAGCAGCUGAUAUUUGUAGAUGUAGCAUCCAUGGCACCCCUGGGUGCCCACUAUAAACUGCUGGUAACCAAGCUCAAGCACUUCCAGCUACAGACAAACGUUGCCUUUCACUUCACUGCCAGUCCUUCUCAACCUCAGUAUUUUUUGUAUAAAUUUCCUGAAGGCGUCGACUCAGUCAUCAUUAAAGUCAUGUCUGAAGUGGCUUAUCCCUGCUCUGUAGUCUCAGUCCAGAAUAUCAUGUGCCCAGUGUAUGAUCUUGACCACAAUGUGGAAUUUAAUGGUGUCUAUCAGACCAUGACCAAGAAGGCUGCCAUCACACUACAGAAGAAGGAUUUUCCAGGCGAGCAGUUCUUUGUAGUAUUUGUGAUAAAGCCUGAAGAUUACGCCUGUGGAGGAUCGUUCUUCAUACAGGAAAAGGAGAAUCAGACCUGGAAUCUACAACGAACGAAGAACCUUAAAGUGACCAUUGUUCCUUCUAUCAAAGAAUCUGUUUAUGUGAAAUCCAUUCUUCUCAGUUUCCUCAUCUUCCUCUCCUUCUACUUGGGAUGUCUACUAAUUGCCUUCAUUCAUUGUAUCAGGUUUCAGAGAAAAUCCAUUGAUGGCAGCUUUGGUUCUAAUGAUGGCUCUGGAAAUAUGGUGGUGUCACAUCCCAUUGCUGCCAGUACCCCUGAAGGAAGCAAUUAUGGGGCAAUAGAUGAAUCAAGCUCCAGUCCUGGGAGGCAGAUGUCCUCCUCUGAUGGUGGGCAUGGAGGCCAGUCGGACACAGACAGCUCCGUGGAGGAGAGUGAUUUUGACACCAUGCCAGAUAUUGAGAGUGAUAAAAACAUCAUCCGGACCAAGAUAUUCCUCUACCUGUCAGAUCUGUCCAGAAAGGACCGGAGAAUUGUGAGCAAAAAAUAUAAGAUUUAUUUUUGGAACAUCAUCACCAUUGCUGUGUUUUAUGCACUGCCUGUGAUUCAGCUGGUUGUCACCUACCAGACAGUAGUAAAUGUCACUGGCAACCAGGACAUCUGCUAUUACAACUUCCUCUGUGCUCACCCCUUGGGGGUCCUGAGUGCCUUCAACAACAUCCUCAGUAACUUGGGCCAUGUGCUUCUGGGCUUCCUUUUCCUGCUCAUAGUCUUACGCCGGGACAUUCUCCAUCGAAGAGCCUUGGAAGCCAAAGACAUCUUUGCCAUGGAGUAUGGGAUUCCCAAACACUUUGGUCUCUUCUAUGCUAUGGGCAUUGCAUUGAUGAUGGAAGGUGUGCUCAGUGCCUGUUAUCAUGUCUGCCCUAAUUACUCCAACUUCCAAUUUGACACCUCCUUCAUGUACAUCAUCGCCGGGCUCUGCAUGCUGAAGCUUUACCAGACCCGCCACCCAGACAUCAACGCCAGCGCCUACGCCGCCUACGCGUCCUUCGCGGUGGUCAUCACGCUCACCGUCCUUGGAGUGGUUUUUGGCAAAAAUGACGUGUGGUUCUGGGUCAUCUUCUCUGCAAUCCAUAUCCUGGGCUCUCUGGCUCUCAGCACCCAGAUCUACUACAUGGGCCGUUUCAAGAUAGAUGUGUCUGACACAGAUUUGGGGAUCUUCCGAAGGGCAGCUAUGGUGUUCUACACGGACUGUGUCCAGCAGUGCAGCCGGCCUCUGUACAUGGACAGAAUGGUGUUGCUCAUUGUGGGAAAUUUGGUUAACUGGUCCUUUGCCCUCUUCGGACUGAUAUAUCGACCCAGGGACUUUGCUUCCUACAUGCUGGGCAUCUUCAUCUGUAACCUGCUGCUCUACCUGGCCUUCUACAUCAUCAUGAAGCUCCGCAGCUCUGAGAAAGUCCUCCCCAUCCCACUCUUCUGCAUUGUGGCUACAGCUGUGGUAUGGGCUGCUGCCCUGUAUUUUUUCUUCCAGAAUCUCAGCAGCUGGGAGGGAACCCCAGCUGAAUCCCGGGAGAAGAAUCGGGAGUGUGUCCUGCUCGAUUUCUUUGAUGACCAUGACAUCUGGCACUUCCUCUCCGCCACCGCCCUGUUUUUCUCAUUCUUGGUUUUGUUAACCCUGGAUGAUGACCUAGAUGUGGCUCGGAGAGACCAGAUACCUGUCUUCUGAGCCUCUUGCAUAAGAUGGGGAGAGGGAAUGAUCACUCUUGGUGCUGUUUCAUGAAAAAAUCCAGUUACUGCAGCAAAGUUACCACUGCCAAAUGUUCCAUUCACCCUCUGUUCAGUCAACUCCAUACACAUUCACACGGGGGGAGAGGA